GCGUUCACGCGGAUGUGGGCAUCGUACCCGUGCUGGGAUCGCUCCGCCUGGAGACGAUGCCGCGCGCUGCUCGAGGAGGUGGGGCCCACGGAGGGGCGUGGCCCCGCCUCUACGGUCGCUCCUUACCGCGUUCGAGCGACGCCGGGCUGCCCCGGGCCUCAGUCAUGGCGGGGGAGUCGGGGUCGCAUAGCGUCGUCUUACCACCUUCUCCGCCCCCCGCGAGCGGCUCCAGCGCGGAGGAAGGGGCGGCCGCCGGUCCGGCCAGAGAGGGCUACGACCCCAAGUGCGUGUUCUGUCGGAUCGCUCUGCGGGAGGAGCCCGGCACCCAACUGCUGCCUUGCGAGCCUGAAGACCUGGUUUGUUUCCAAGACAUCAGACCUGGAGCUCCACACCAUUAUCUUGUAGUGCCAAAGAAGCACAUUGGAAACUGCAAAACCCUAAAGAAAGAAGAUACACCCUUAGUAGAGAAAAUGAUUACUGUUGGAAAAACUGUUCUUCAGCAGAAAAAUGUCACUGACCUGAGUGAUGUGAGAAUGGGUUUCCACUGGCCUCCAUUCUGCUCUGUAGCCCACUUGCACCUUCAUGUCCUGGCACCAGCUAGUCAACUGGGCUUCUUAUCCAGAUUGGUUUAUAGACUCAAUUCAUAUUGGUUCAUCACAGCUGAUCAGCUGAUUGAACGACUACAGGCUGGCAGUGCUACCAGUUGAAGAGUUGUCUUGAUUUUGGCUCACAGUAAAUUAAAAACUUCAGUACUUAGGAGUCUUUUUGCUAUUGUAUAGCUUGAUGUGUUUAGUGACAGGCCAUCUGAAGCAGUAUAGAAUCUUCUGCUCUGAAAAGAUAGAAAAAGAUACAAGAAUUUGAAUUUGAAUCUUAAUGAGACAUGUGAUCAUAGUUUACAUAAGUACUUAGUGACCUUGGGAAUAUUUUAAUAGAAACAUUACAGGUUAAAAAAUCACAUUAAAACUUACAAAGAAGGAUUCUAUAUACAUAGAUGUGUGUAUACACACAAGUUAUUUUCAUAUUUGAAUGGAUGACUUCUAACUAAUAUUGCUCUUUUAAUAUGUUUCUAAAAAAGGUCACACUACCAAGAAAUUCUGCUGAAGUCCUUUUUUAAAACCUCCUUUUAUUAUUUAUUAAAUAUUUAUAACAAUUACUUUCUGUAAUAGUAGUACCCAGUUAUAUGCUGUUGUAUGACAGGAUAGGAAAGAAAAGGAGACUUAAACCAAGUUAUUUAUUCCCAGAUCUGUUUUCACAUUCGGCAGUAACUAUUUUUCAUCCCCUUUAACCUUAUCUCACUUAAAUAUUAUCUUAAUACAUUGACAGAAAUGCCACCUAAGGAUCCCAGUAACUUGGAUUAGAAAAGGUUGCUUGUGUGUGACACCACUUAACUUUUUACUGGAUCAGAGUGCUAAAGUUCAUCUUUUCUCCAGGUAGUCCAUCUUCAGCUUCCUAAGGCUGUGACCAUGAUUUCUAGUAAUGUACUCAUCAAUUUUUUUUAAAACUAGAUAUUAGAGUUCAUUGUAAUGGAUGAGAUUUUGCCUGUAAUGACAUGGGCUGGGGAAGAAAUACUUAUAAUAUAGAAACUGAUGAUACGAAUGUAUCAAAAUUGGCAGGAACUGUUUUUAAUAACACAUUUUUUCUCCCAUCUGAAAGAAGUUAAAUCAAAAAUGAGUAAAUUUGUUUUUUUUUUUUUUCUGGAGGGGGGAAAGGCAGGGCAGUUGGGGUUAAGUGACUUGCCCAAGGUCAUACAGUUAGUACGUGUGUCAAAUGUUUGAGGCCAUAUUUGAACUCAGGUCCUCCUGACUCCAGGGCCAGUGCUCUUCUCACUGUGCCACAUACUUGCCCCCAUACUUGUUCUUCUUAUGCCACUUCUUCCAACUGUUCCUAUCAUCCGCGCAAAAAAAUAUGCUUAGGAUUUCUAGAAAUUGUAAAAUAAAACAGGGGAUCUUGUUCGAUGUCUGUAAAAUUAAUGAGAUGCAAAAUGGUAUAAUGGAUGGAGGACUGGCCUUAGAAAAAGCAAGACCCGCCUAUUAACUAUGCUGCUGUGUGACCAUGGGCAAGUGACUUAAACUCUCAUGAUCCCCCGAGAGUUCUCAGUGCCACUCUCCAAGAUGAAAUUGGGAGAUGCGUUUGUGAUUGCAUUGGUAGAGUUUUUCCAUCCAGCAGUUCCUUACACUGAUGAAAUCAUAGGUCUGGACAAAAAUAAAUAAAAUUCCUAUUCCUGAUAGUUUAUUCCAUUGGGUACAUUGCUAAAAAGAAGGAAGUGCCAUUGUCUUUGUGCUAGUCCAUUUUAGUACAUCUCUUUCUAGUUUACACUCAAAUUGGUGGAUGAGUGAAUAGUAAUGUAUUGUUUCUGGAGGAUUAUAGUAUUGUAUGAUGAAUAUAAAUGCAUAUGUAAGGAAGAGGGCCUCUGUGUUGAAAUGAAAUAGUAUUUGGUCUUAAGCUAUUGAUGUUUGCCUACUUGUUACUAAAGAAACAGCACUUUUAAGUUAAUGGAAUAUUGAUACCAAACAAAUCUGGCACUUAAUGAAAAUAGCUUAAUGAAAGAUUUCAUUCAUUUGAAUCCUAUUUUCCAUAAUUAUUAUUAUUAGUUCAAGAGUGAAAUGAGCUUCAAGAUUUAAUUUUUGUUACUGGAUUUUAGAGAUUUGGGAGCAGACUCAUGUAUUGUAUACCAUAGACUUAGAGAAUGUUUGGGUUUAAAGAAACCUUAGACAUCAUCUGAUUGAACCCCCUCUUUAUAUGGAAACUGAGGCCCAGAACAAUUAAUUGACCUGGCUAAGGUCACAUAGCAAGAUGUGUAAUGGCAGAAGAAGUACUAGAACCUUAGUCUUCCAAGUUCUCCAUCCAUUGCUGAGUCGGAAGACCUGGAGCUAAAAACAGCAAAUGAGGUUGAAUAUGAGUUAUGUUUUGGCCUGGCUUUCUGGAGAGAGCUCAUAGUAAACUUGCCUUGUCAGUGAAAACACUGUCCCUGUCCCUGUCAUCACAAAUCACUUGACAGGAAAGGGCUUUGUUCUUCCGUGUCACCUUUUUUGGUACUUUGCCAGGUUUUUUAAUUUAAACUAAUGUAAUGAAUUACCGUGGUCUUAGCUAGAUAUGCAUAUUUAACAGACAGUGAUAAGGUAUGCAGUCGUAUAGAUUUCCAAGUAGUGUAAGCUCUUCUGGAUGGUUUAUUGAUGUGUGUAUAUAGGUUCAACAAAUUAUCACAUAACAAUUUUUUUCUCUCUCUCCCAAUUGGAAACCCCAAGGAAAAUGAAGAAACCAUUUUUAUUGGAAGCCCAUUAUGUUUGCUACUAGAAGCUAAUGUUUUUCAGUUUACUAAACUUUUCACUUGGCCUUUUCAGUCAAAUAGAUUGAAGAGGGCUCACUAGCUGUUUUCAAGAUUUGGUAAGCAGCAUAGCAACAACAGUAACAAUCAUUUGUAAGCUUUUGCAAAAAUGUUAUGGUAGUAUUGAAGACGUUACUGAUGAAUAAAUACUGUGGUACUUUGUAACUACUGAGUUGUGAGAUGUGCUAGAUUGUUAGUAAUGAGCCACAUAAAAUAAUGUGAAAGAGAAAAGUAGGCAAAAAUUAAAAAUACUUUGUGUCAAAUUAUA